AUGAAGUGGCACCGUCAUCUUCUGGAUCUCGGCAUCAGCGGUGUCGCCGCACGGCGAUGCCAGAAUGUCUCCGUUUCUCUUGACCUCAGUUUCCGCAAUGCUGUGUUCGACCUUGACCCGCCCGCCUCGACGGUCGAAAUGACCAAUUUCUUCCUCAACUUAGCCAGACAGGGCCACAACUAUUCAAGCGAGGUUCUGACGGGCUACGCCACCAUCUCGGGCACGUCCCAGAUCGCCGCCACCUUCUGCACACCCGGCCAAGGCCCCGGAAAGACGCUCCAGCUGCUCACGCACGGCCUCACGCUGGACAAGAGCUACUGGGACAUCCCCUUCCACAGCCCCAACUACAGCUACGUCGCCGCGGCCGUCGACCAGUACGGCUACUCGACCUUCGCCUGGGACCUGCUGGGCGCGGGCGGCUCGCAGCGGGGCGACCCGGUCGACGAGCUGCAGUACAACCUGCAGAGCGCGGCGCUGGCGAAGCUGACGGCGCAGCUGCGCGCCGGCGCGGUCCGUGGCGUGCCGCGCUUCGCCCGCGUGGCGCACGUCGGCCACUCGUACGGCGCCAUCCAGACGUACACGCUCGGCGUGCGCCGCCCGGCCGCCUCCGACGCGCUCGUCCUCACCGGCUUCAGCCACAGCCCCGUCGGCUUCGCGCCUUUCCUGCUCGGCGGUAACUUCGGCGCUGCUGAUGCGCUGCCCCAGUUGGCGGACUACCGGGCCGGCUACUUCGCGAAUAGCGGCGAGGCGGGCGUGCAGACGGGCUUCUUCGCGCCCGGGAAUUUCGACACGGCUAUGCUGCGGUAUAUCUUUGAGACGAUGUCCGCGGCCGCGGUCGGCGAGAUGCUGACGUUGGGGCCGGACUUGGCCGUGAUCAGCCCGUUUGACGGGCCUGUCUUGGUCAUCACCGGACAACGCGACGUGGGCUUCUGCGGCGGCGACUGUAGCAUUACCGGCGAUCCCAGCCUCUCGUCCCUCCUGGACAUAACGAAAAGCAUGAUACCAAACGCAAAUCCUUUCCAGAGCUUCGUCGUGCCCAACGCAGGACACUUGUUGACCGCGGAAUUUACGCACCCUCUGGCUUUCAAAGCAAUUCUGGACUUUCUUGUCCCAGAACGCAGACGGAGUGAGUGA